AUGUGUCGCCGGCCGCCGCCGAUCUGGCCGGAUCACGACCUUUCGAGACUGCCGGUCCGGAGGCCCAGGAACCGGCGGCCGACAAAGGUCCGGAUCAUCCUUCCGAUAAGCGUCCGAUGCGACGCCUGCAGGAACAGCAUUGACAAGGGGUCCGAGUUCAGUUCCAGGAAGGAGGAGGUCGCCGGCGCCUGUGCCGGCGAGGCGUAUUUGGGGAUCCCGGAAUUCAGGUUUUACUUCGGAUGCACCGGUUGCUCUGCUGAGCUCGCGAUCAAUAACGAUCAGUGGAACUCCUACUGCAUCGUGGAGUCAGGGGGCACGAGGUUCGAAGGCCCCGACGUUCCGGAGGGGUAUGAAAAUGCAACGGCAGAAGAUGGACCCUGGAUGAUCACUUUGGAUGAACCAAGCUAUCGGUCUUUCAUGGCAAGUGCUCAAAAUAGAGGUUUACGUGAGGAAAUCUACCGUGCCUAUGCUACUCGAGCCUCCAGUGGAGAUACUGACAACGCAUUAAUCAUUGAUGAAAUCUUGAAGCUUAGAUUGGAAAAAACUAAGCUUCUAGGUUAUGACAAUUAUGUUGAGGUUUCCAUGGCAACAAGAAUGGCUACCAUUGAUAAAGCAGAAGAGUUUCUGGAAAAACUUAGGGGUGCUUCAUGGAUGCUGCAGUUCAAGAUCUGA